AUGGCCGUAGCAAUGGCUCCAAACCCAGACAAGCUGCAAGAAAAUGUCGUCUUAAAGUUCAGAAACCUGGAUGUAAAAGCAAGAUCAAAAUUAGUCGAUAAAGGGGAGAAGAAAUGCAUGUUUUGGAGUGGCCUCAGCGAGAGUUCAGAAGAGUUCUCAGGGAGAGGAUGCUAUGUGGUUACAUCGAAAAGCAACUCAGAAGAAACAGUUUGCAGCUGCAGUCAUUUCUCUCAUUUUGCUGUCUUAGUUACCUACGAUAGUAUUCCAGGGCUUACGGCCGAGGACGAGACUAUUCUGCAAAUUAUCACCAAAGUGGGAUUAGGCUUUUCCAUCACCGGAAUACUUUUGACAGUUAUUGUGUAUUCCUUCAUCACAGAUGUUCGAAAGCCUCUUUCUCAAAUAAGAUUGAGUCUUUCUGUGUCACUCGGAGCUGGUCAAAUAAUCUUUCUCGCCGGUAUAAAGGUCACAGAGAACACAGCUUCCUGUGUUACAGCAGCAGCUCUCUCGCAAUAUUUCCUGAUGGCCGCUUUCUGUUGGAUGAUGGUCGAGGGAGUUUAUCUUUAUCUGUUUGUUGUGAAAGUUUAUAACAUUGGCGAAAAGAUGCACACGUAUCACGUCAUCUCAUGGGGUUUUCCGAUCGUCAUGGUAGGCCUUUCACUGAGCGUUGCGGCUGGAAAAGAUGGAAUUCAAAGUUAUACCAGUGACAAAUGUUGUUGGCUGUCCUCGACUAACAACUUGAUCUGGAUAUUCGUCGCAUUUGUGGCGCUCAUUGAAGUUUUCAACAUUUUGAUACUCAUCCUGGUCGUUAAAGAGAUGACCACAUUAGCGCAGCCAAUGGUGGAAGACAAGCGCUUCCGGCAGAUACGUCUUGGCAUUAAAACAUGCGCGGUGAUGGUGCCACUGCUGGGUGUCACGUGGUUAUUUGGUCUUUUGUUACCCUUACACAAAGCUUUCGCCUACAUUUUCACCAUCUUAAACUCCACUCAGGGUUUCCUGAUUUUCGUCCUUCACUGUGUGCGAAACAGACAGAUUAGAGAGCGAUUGAAGAGGAGGAUGAACACCAUUUUUCCACAUGCAGACGAUGGAAACUUUACAAAGAAGGGCUCACAUGUUAAUGUAGGUGGUGCCGGAAAUGUGUGGACAGUUGAAUUGCAGUCUUUUAAUAACUGAAGAAUAGCACUUAACUUGAGUAAUUCAACCGACUUUUAGCUGUAGUCAAUCACAUAGUGUGAUCGUCAAGGCGAAGGUAUAUCUUCAAUUGAGCUUGUUCAGGAUCGAAAUGUCAGCAAAGUCAGGCCUUCUGCGCCAUUAGUAAGUCAGUAUAACAAUGUUUUGAACAAGUCGUGGUGUAGUGCUAGUAUUUGUUGAAAAAAGUUUGCACAAAGGAGGGCAGUGAAUGGUACCCUAGCAAAUUGUAAGUCUCGCGAAGUAUUAUCCGAUCACGAAAUCACGGCUCAAAGUCUAGCAUUUUUUCAAUAGGCCAUAUUCUCUUCUAAAAGAUAGUUAGAAUUUCUUGAAGCCAACACUGUGGGCGACGAAAAACCGCCCAGGGGCCCAUGUGUGAAUAGUGUUGAUGCGACUUCAAUGAUUAAAAUUAAUACCCCAUCCACACCAGCAAAACAUGUUUUAGCUACACCAGGUUUAACUGAACAAAAAUACGAAUCUGAGAACUGCAAAUUUGAAUUUUAUAAAGGAUUUAAGCAGUCAAUAACUUGUAUUUUCAAUGUGCUAAAUUUGAAGCCGACGAACAUCGUUUUAAGCAGCUUAAACUGUUUUUAACGAAAUAGCAUUAAAACAUGCUCAAGCGUUGGGUGAAUGUGGUAUAAGAUAAUAACAAGGAGUUAGUAUUUUAGUAGCUUUUAAGUUGUUUAGUUUCAGUCCCGGUUCUUUUUUUUUUUUUGAAAAAACUCACGUUGUUUGUGCGAGUCACGAAAUUCAUUAGUUGCCGCUAUAUAACUUAAUGUGUUUGGAAAAGUUAUUCGCUGAAAUUUGUUGAUCGUGAUGAUAAUGCCUUUACCAUUAGAUGUAGAUUAAAGAGAUGAACUUAAAAUUCUGGACAAAAUUUAGA